UGCCCCACCGUACAUGGGUUCCUUGAGUGGCGCAGCGGUCUAAAGGCACUGCAUCACUACAGACCUGGAUUUGAUCCCAGGGUGUAUCACAACUUGGCCUUGAUCGGGAGUCCCAUAGGACGGCGUUCAAUUCGUCCGGGUUAGGGGAGGGUCAAAUACUUUAUAGGACAAACUUCGUCAGUGUAGGCAACCGAAAUUAAUAAUUAUUGUUUGUAUGACGAAUUUUGGCAAACAUAUUUAUUUAUAGACUAAUACACUUGAAACAAAUAGCCAAACCGAAAACUGCAGACAUUACUGUUAUUACUAUUACUGCCGCGAUCAAACCGGCAUAAAAAAUAAAUGAUUCAGCCAAUAGCUUAUUUUUUUGUGAACAAAAUGUGCGAUUCACACUCCGACCUGUGAAAGGCAGUAACACAGCGUCUAGUCUGCCGGAAAACCACACACAAAAAAAGUAAACAGUGAUCAAGUACAGUUUCCAGGUUAGCGUUGUUGUUUGGGGAUUUAUUAACACCCUGGAACUCAAUAUGACUCAUUUAACUGCACAAUAUCACACACUUACCACAUGUAGUAUUUAAUUCGCAUUGGAGACAAUACGUUUUCAAUAGAUGUUAUUUAGGUAACGCUAGAUAACUGUAUGGUUUUUCACACUCAAAUAGCCUCCAUCAUGGAGGUGCUAGCGAAUGCAGCCGUGGCAGAGGUCUGUAAACUCGUAGACGACGACUAUGCAGUGUUUCGUUUGGAAAUAACUCAAAGUCAAAAAGAAAACAGGACAUUGCGGAGGAAACUACAGCUUCUGGAACUGAAGGUGGCACGGGAGCGCGUCCUCGCCAUUCGUCCCAGUAGUGUCAAGAUCCUCGACCGAUACAGAGGAAUGGCAAGAGGUGAAGGAAAUCUCACUGGAGGCCACAGGAGCUUUGUGAAGCCAGCGGGACACAAUACAUGGAGCGAUGACCAACCAAUCACUGUUGAUGAGGGGAGUAGAACCUCAAUCCAGCACGUUAUCAUGAUAGAGUCUGCAGAUACAGAGGCUGCAGGUCCUGGAGGAUUGUCUCUGGUCAAGCUUGAGAGUUCUGAAGGAGAGGAGGACCCACAGCACAGCAGAGACAUUCCUACUGGAGCAGCUGGUGCGCCCCCUGUAGCCAUGGAGGACCCCGCUACCCUCUCAAUGCAGCCUAGGACCCGAUGCAGAAUCACGGAGGUCAGUGGAACGCCGAACGCCGUCCUCAAGUCAGAGACCGAGACUUUAACGGGGCUGGGACAACUUGACUCUCCUCCUGCUCGCUCAGAGUAUUUACUUUAUGGUAACAUGAGCCUGAGGACGGUUCUGCCCCUCCAGGACUCAUGUGACGUGUUACAGACUCAGAAUGACCCGUCCUGUUCAUAUGUUACGGAGACAGAGAUGAUACCUGGUGACAUGCCAUUGGUUUUGGAUACACAGACUAAUCCAAUGAGAGGGGACUGGAACCGGUACAGUAGUAGUGUAUACUCUGAAGGGUGCCUAGAUAAGAAAGGGGAGGAUCUGGUCAUAGAUGAGGUCACUGUGAAAGUGGAGGGUGACCCUCCUCUGACAUGGAAUGCAGACCAGACUCACUUAGGAGAAGGUCACUCGCAGGGCAACACCAGUGACUUCUUAGACUACAGGGAAAGCUUACAGACAAAUCGAAAUGUUGCGACCCACUCCCCUUUACACCCAGUGUCCACAUCGAUGCCACCUUUCGAUUCACACGGCCACGUCCUUUUCGAUCAGGAAUUGAACUCAAACGACAGGGCUAGAGCGCAGGCUCAGGAAGGGGAAGCAACAUCAGACAAUAGUAAAGAGGAACGGUUCCUCUGCAUGUUCUGUAACAAAGGCUUCAGCUGCCCCCAGAAGGUGGAGAUCCACCAGAGGGUCCAUACAAGGGAGAAAUCCUUCAGCUGUACCCAGUGUCACAUGCACUUCGCCAAGGCUGGCAACCUGAAGAGGCACCAUAUGGUCCACACAGGGGAGAAACCCUUUAGCUGUAGCCAGUGUCACAUGCGCUUCGCCCAGGCUGGUGACCUGAAGAGACACCAGCGCGUCCACACAGGGGAGAAACCCUUCAGCUGUAGCCAGUGUCACAUGCGUUUCACCCAGACUGGUGACCUGAAGAGGCACCAGAGGGUCCACAUGGGAGAGAGGCCGUUUGCCAGUACGCACUGUGGGAAGAGGUCCUCAGAGAGGAGCUACCUCAGGAUGCACCAGCAGAUAAACCAUUCCACUCUAUAACAUAGAAAGUAACCAUUCCACGCGAUAGCUUCUGACAUUUAGAUCAAACCCUGAUUUAAAGACAAAUAUACAUUUUCAUUCUUGUAAGCAGAAUAUAUCCACAUAUGCAUUUAGAAUAACGAGAGUAACAGAUUUCAAUGUUGAAUAUUCCUGGGUAAAAUAUUGCAUCCAGACAUUGUGUGGAACACCUUCCUAAUAUUGAGGUGUCAAAAGCGUUCCACCGCAUGCUGGCCAAUGUUGACUUGCUUACCACAGUUGUGUCAAG